AAAAAGUUAUGGUUUUAAAAAUGUAGUUUUAGAGUGUUUAAUAAGUGUUUAUCUUGUUUGGCCCGCGACCUACGGCGUGUUUUGGAUUCUGGCCCCUUGUGUGAUCGAGUUUGACACUCCUGCUUUGAGGUGAUCCAGAACAAAGAAGCAUAAGAGUUCAAACAUUUCUUUUACUCUGACAGUAUUAUGGAAAAUGUAUGUUUAUACUCUAUGAUGGUACUGAACUGUAAACGCAUGCACAUGUUAUUCAUGUUUAUAUUAAACAUUUAUAGAAAAAGCAAAUAACUUGUAAAAUAAAUGCAAUUUUGUGAUGCUGCACAUUUAUUGUUUCAACAGCAAGUAAGUAUUCAAAAUAAAAGUUUUUUUUUGUAUUUGUUUUACUUUAUUCUUUCUGGGGGGGGGGGCAGUGAGCAUGCACGUCACGUGCUAUUAUUAAAUCCACAAGUGCGUUCCUCUGGCUGUCGGGCGCGCGCGCGCUCGCAUGGAUGCGCAGGCAGGGGGCGGGGCUGGCGCGGCUCGGAUGCGCUGACCCGCAUCUGCUCCACCUGCAGUCUGGAGGCUGGUCGCCGGAGAGUGGCGGGAAUGAGACGGAGCCGAGGCUCGGCAUCGCCAACAUGCAGUCCCCGAGAAGGGCCUCGUGAGCCGAACCGACCGGGACCGGACCGGUCCAGCCCCCCACGCCGUCACGCGCCAGGAACCCGCAGGCUCCCAAGAUGGUCCGCAUCGCCAAGGCCCUGGGGCUGGUCAUCCUGUGCGUGGUCGUGCUCAUCCUGUCGCUCAUCAGCUACGUGUCUCUGCGGAAGGACAGCCUCUUCUCGUCCGUGGGAGGCCCGCGGAUCAUGUUCCACGCGGGCUUCCGGUCCCAGUCGGCCAUGAACUUCCUGAACCCCUCUUUUAUUCCUCUCACCACUGCCCUGAACGAGGAGCUGCAAGGAAAACCCUACAAAUGGAAGUUCAACAGAACCGCCUUUUACCAGCAGAGAUACUGGAAGACGAAGAACCUGUCUCCCAAGCGCCUCAGCACCGGGAUCCUCAUGUACACGCUGGCGUUCGCCAUGUGCGACGAGAUCCACCUGUACGGCUUCUGGCCCUUCGGCUGGGACCCCAACACGGGGAAGGAGCUGCCGUACCACUACUACGACAAGAAAGGGACCAAGUUCACCACCAAGUGGCAGGAGACGCACCAGCUGCCCAGCGAGUUCAAGCUGCUGUACAAGCUGCACCGGGAGGGCGUGACCAAACUGGGCCUGUCCCACUGUACAUAGUGGGAGCGGCGCCGGACGGACCGCGUGGUCGGCCCUCACCUCACCUGAAGAUGUCAGACCCCUCCAGGCUGUGGACCCGCUCUUUCCCUCGGUUUGUUGUUGUCGCUGAUGUUCCUGUUCUUUGCAUGGCUGCUGAUGACUUUGGCUUUGAGGGUUUCCGUGGAAACGCCGGCCUCACCUUUAACGUAGAUUCUGUACACUGCCUAAUCUCAGGGAAGAGUUAGAUCAGUGUUUUAUUUCCUUCGUCCGAUCCUGUUCGAUGACAGACUUCCACCUCCUUUCAGGUCUUUCUCGAUGGUUUACAGACGUCUCUGAACACGCGUGUCUUUUUCUUUCUUUUGAGGCGAUUCGCUAAAACUUCAAAGUCUUGAAACGAUGACCAACAUUCCAACAGUAAGCCAUAGAUUGUGUUAUGAAGGCAGCACCUGCUCGGCCUACAUUAGGUUCUGAGAAUCCCAGUGACAAAACGAACGAGGAGAGAAACGCUGAAGGCUUCCGGAGGGAUUUUGAAAGUUUAGGUCAUGUUUCAGAAUAAACCUAGCAUGUUUUUAAAGUUGUCAGGGUAUUUUUCUUCUCUGUCCUGGAUAUGUUAGUGGAACCGUCGUGACAGAAGGCGAGCGUUACUGCACCUGCUGCAACAACUGGCAUGAGCAAACUUUCUGUUAGCAUCUUAAGCUAUUAAUCCAGACAAGUUUACAAACGUCCCACUCCGAUCGUCGUCUCAACAUCUGCCGUUUUUGGACAAAAUCUAAAAAUCUGUGUCGUUUUCGAGGACAUAGUUUCUGCAAGUCAGCUCUGAGUUGUGGGCGGGAUCAAGCAGCCCCGCCCCCUUUCCCUCACAGUUCGUGGGGGGACUUGUGGCUCCGCCCAUUGUAUUUUAUAAAAAGGAUCUUUUUCAAACUCCUGAUUCAUUUGACCCGAUAACGUAUUUGAUACAUGAGUUCGUCUGCCUCCACGGGAGCAGUGGAAUAUUUGUUUUCCUGAAAACCUGAUGUAUACAAUCAGAUACAUGCAGUGUACAGAUAAUCCAGCAGGGGGCAGUAAUUCACUCAUUAGAGGGCCUUCUGUGACACUACAAGGCUGUCAUGUUUCAGAAAUUGGAUACGAAGUUUUUGAAGAAAAUCUUUGCUAAAUUUGAAAAGGUUUAGUAAAGAAAAACAUGAUAACAUAACAGUGAAACAUGAACAGGGACAGGUACUGGGUGGAUACAAAUGUAAAUUUCAGAAAGUAUGUUUUAGUAAAACCAUUUUGAAAGUGGCGUAUCAAAUUUGAUACAGCAGGGAUUUAAGAAACGCCUUUAACUGUCGUUCCAACAGGAGCAUGAUGGGUAAUUUUCCAUAUCGGGUUUCUUUCACUGGAAAUUUGACUGGAUUUUAAGUUUUAGAAUUUCCCUCCGAGUUUUGAGGAGCUAACACAACUGCCCUGCAAACGUUUCUCCUGUGACUGAACUCUUUUGAAUUUCGUACUAAACUUUCUUGUCUUCAUUUUUAUUGAUCAACGUUCUAUCAAUUUAAAAGCCCUAAUAAUAGACCGAAACAUUUGAUCUUCAUUUGAAUUUGAUUGAGUUUAAAACCAUCUCUAUAAGGAGAAAUAAACAAAAAAUUUAUUAAGUGAAGAAAAGCGACAUGAAAGUGAAUAAAUGUCCUUGUAUGCAUCUUGUACAAAAGAAAAUAAUCUAUUUAUAACUGCAUGCAUUCGCUAACAGGUUGGUUUUGUACAAAUCUGAUUUUAAUGUGAUUCUUCUUGGUUUGCACAGUGUUUUUAAUGAAGGAAUGUUGCUUUCUGGGUCUCUGACUUCAUACGUAACAAAGUCAGACUGAAUGAAUAUUAAUCUGGAUGUUUUAUAGUUACCGUAGCUAAUCUGCAGCCCUUUAACGGCUCGUUUGUCCUGCAGACUGAAAUAAGCCGGAGAGCGGAGGCCUCAUGACUGCCUCAUGACUCCAACAUGUGCUUCUCUGCCCUGCAGCCGUGAGCGCUCGGGUCACUGCUGGACUGAGGGCAGCAGCAGAGGCAGCUGUACAUAAACCCAUUCUGUCCGUUCUUGUUGAAAAGGACAAAGUGUGUGGUUUCAAAAUCACUCAGAAGUGUAAUUAUGAUCUACGGAGCCCCUGAAGGGACAUCAUAGUGAAAAAAAAAUGUUUCUGGUUGCUAUCUGGUGAGCACCAGAAAGUAUCUGGUGCGCACCAGAUAGUUACCAGGAUUUAUUUUCUAAAAACAAAUGUUUUUUCUGUAUCUGGGAUCUUACUAUCUGGUUACUAUCUGGUGCACACCAGAUAGUAACCAGAAUUCUUUUUUCAUGUGUUUUUCUGGUUACUAUUUGGUACACACCAUAUAGUAACCUGAUUGUAUUUGGUUACUAUCUGGUGCGCACCAGUUAUUAUCUGGUGCGCACCAGUUGCUAUCUGGUGCGCACCAGAUUUUUUUCUCCCAAAAAGUUUUUCUUCUGGUUAUUAUCUGGUACGCACCAGGUAGUAACUAAAUCAUAUCUGAUUUCUAUUUGGUGCACACCCAUUACUAUCCAGUGCGCACCAGAUGAUAACAAGAGUUUUUUUUCUGGUUACCAGCUGGUACAUAAAAAUAAAAUAGUAUCUGGUUCCUACCUGGUGCACACCAGAUACUAGCCAGAAUUUUUUUCCCCUUCACUUUAAUGUCCCUUCAGGGGCUCCGUAAUGAUCAUAAAGUGAAUCUCCAUAGAAAAGGAAACAAAUAUUUCACAUUUUGCUUUUCUUUUCUUUCAGUUUUGUUUGUUAAACCAAAGACAGAAGCUGGUUUCUUGAAUGUUGUGUGACACUAACACCUUCUCGACUCCAUGAAUGUUCUUUAGAUUCGUCUCCAGUGUCAAACGUUUUUGUUCAUAAGUAUUCAGUCAACCUGCAGAACGGGUGAUAACAGUGCAACCAAAGCUCGUGAGGUUUGUAUUAUCCAGCAAGAAAGAAACUGUAGAACUCUCUGUGCAUUAAACAACCAUCACUGAAAACAUAAAAA